CGAAAGCUGACUUUUGGAGAUUGUAGGUGCCACACAGGUUAGGUGGAGUUCGUUUCCAAAUCACUUUGCAUGGAGAUUUAUUCAAAAUCAGUAAUUCAGUAGUUUAAAUUCUCUAGAAAAAAAUAGACAAGCUACAUAAUACAUUUUAUCUCUUGAAGCCAAAUCAUAUCAAUAUAAUACAUUAAGCGUAUGUAUGUAUAGCGCAACGAAAUACCGACGUGAUCAUCUCUCGACAUUAGUUCUGCGAAUGAACUGCCAGUGACGUUUGCCUCGCGCUAUGUUCGAUUUACAACCGCAGCGCUCUGUUUUUCUGAAGUUGCAAUAAUGGUGUUGAAAGUGAACUCAUUUAGUUUCAAGGGAAUAAGAAUCAAUCUAUGUUUUCGCUGUUAUAUUCUAAUUACAUAGACUCUAUUGCAUUAUUAAAACUUUUCGAAAAGUAGAACGUUCUGACGCAGCGUUCCACAAGCGGUUAUGCGUAAGAGAGGGGCGAAUGCAUCCACAUUGCGUGAUGCGACAACGAUCCUUAAAAGUAUUUUAGCUAAUAUUUGUUUAUAAAUUAAAAACGUAAAAGUGCGAAAUCGAUGGAAGAAAGCUGAUUUUUAAAUGUUUUGGCUUUGUAAUUAUUAAAAAAAACGAAUAGGUAAAAAAAUAAAUGAAAAUAAACUUUGGUGUUAACACUUACAUUAUGGAAACGCAUCAUUCAAACAGAUGCGAUUGAAAUUGAAAUGGGGUUUUAUAUUUGACUGGAGGAUAGUUUUAUCGAUAUCGGUCCAGCCACUUCACUGGUCAAAUGGUGGCACCGUGCACAUUUCACUAAAUGAAAAUACAUUUUGCAUUGUUUAACAUGUUACCUGUAUGAAAGUUUUUAUAAUAUACAUGUUUUUCAAUUACCUCCCACGUACUAAUUGCAAUUCUUUGCAAUAUAUGGUGCAGAUGCAUCAAGUGCUUCUGCGACGACAGUAUGCAUAUAGCGGAAUCAUGCCGCCGUCUCAAGUCUGGUAUGAUUUGUUGAGGUUUCCUCGAUCUAAAAAACUAGUGCAUUUGUAUGACGUAUGUCCGAGUUACAUCGUUAAAAGCCGCACUAUCCGACAGAAUCGUGUUUUUAACGGAAUGGACGAGUUGGGCAAUGGAGAGAUAAAGAACAUAUCUUACACAACCAAUUUUAAGAUGAACACUGCACAAAGCGUACAUGAGAUAUUGGAUUCGAUGAGCCAACAUUCUCAACAAAUCGAGUAUCAGGUGCAAGCCAUACUAAUGCUGUGGUCAUAUUACCAGCGUUUACCGAAUACAGCAAGGCCACUUCUAACAAAACAGUUAAACAAAAAAAUUGUACCCCAUCUGUUGUCGCAAAUACCUAACAUGGAUAUUAACGAGUUGAGCGUUUGCUAUUUAUACUUACGUAAAAUGCAUGUACCAAAUAGCGAUGGCACGCUCCAAUCUAUUCUAUCACGUGGGCUAAAACUCAUAGAAUUGGCCGUGGGAAAGGAUUUGAUCCCACUUCAGGCAUUGUCUCGUCUAUUGGUAGGCAUUAAUCUAGAGCGUGACUUUUUUACACCACUCGUCUGCCAGCACUUCAAACCCCACCUUGAGCAGCAUAUAGCUGACUGCCAAUCGGAAUAUCAAGUCCGCUUGGUGUCCACGUGUCUCUUCCAAUUGCACGGGUUAAUUCACCAAGAACUGCUAGAUGUCUACAAGCAUCGAGUUAAUGAACUUCUUCAAAGAGGUAUUCUCAACAGUGGCACACCUAAGGCACUGCUCAAGUUGUUGCAUAUGCUCAAUCUACCAGUUUGGUCAAAUCAGAAUACAACGUUAAUACGACAGUUGAUGUUACAACUUCGCAACUGUAUAUGCACAAGGCAACUGGAGCCCAAUGAUCUAAAAAGCGUUUGUCGCACUUUUUUACACCAUCAAGAGCCGGCAGAGCUUAUGCAACCACUUAAGGAGGCAACCGAGUCACUUCUGCAACAGGAAUCAUCGGCAGAUGCACUCUCGUGUGCAGUGCCUUUUAUGGACUUGGAGCAACGUGAUGACUAUGUACGACAGUUUCGUAAACUUUUAAAGUCAAAGUCUGCUUGGGAACAGCCCAAUGCUAGCGGUCAUUUCUUCAGUGUGCUGCGCGCUCUGAAGAUUGCUGAUGUGCGCGACUGCGAUGCAUAUUGGGCGGCUGUAAUUAGAACGUUACAGACAUGUUCUAAAGAACAAACAAAUCUGCCUUUCUUACGUCAUUGCCAGCGAUACAUGAACUUCAACAAUAAUUUGGGUGGCACGUAUCGUCACCUCGAAUUUGAGCGUGUGGUAAGCCGGCUUUGUCUCGAUGCCAUCGAAAACAGCUUGACUGGGCGACUUCCCUCAAAGUUUGCUCAUAUGGCCGCCUUUGUUAUGGCCUAUGGCCAUACACCCUUUGCAUGGAAGAAGUUUCCCAAUAUUCUACUUAGCAAGUUACUCGCCAUGAUGCCUCAGUUUAAUAUUCAGGAUUGUUUUCUUAUUAGUCGUGGCAUUCAAAUUGCCUGCGAAUUGCGCUUUCGUCACCAUGUGCCUUCAAUUCUGGGCAUGCAGCUGUCAACAAUAGACAGCAUACUCAUUGCAUGCAGUGAACGUCAUCUUUUAGCCAGCGAAGAAACAAGCCAGCCACUGAAGGCCACCGAUUUAAACAUUAUUGUGCGUACACUCAGUCAUAGAAAAUCACUUAAGAACACUCAGGUGUAUAAUCUAGCACUGGAGCGUUAUAAGACGCUUAGUAUUGAAGAUCUGAACUCACGUGUAGUGCGAGACAUGGCGUACAAUUUCAAUACAUCGCACUUCGUUGUACCUGCUCUGUUAGAGUCUAUGUUCAAAUAUAUGACUCUACAGUACAAUCACAUCACGGGCGACACUGUUGAGAAAGUUCUCACAUGCGCUUAUAAUCUUGGCUAUACCCCUGCAUCCUUGGAAUCACUUGAGUACGCAGCUGAAAUUAUACUCCGUGACUUUGAUCAGAUGAGCGGCCUAUCUGUGGUGCAGUCAUGUCUGGCAUUGUGUUAUUACAAAUCCAUUCCAGAUCAAUUGAUCAACUUGGUUUUCUGCACAAAGUUCAUUCAGCGGAUCGAGGAAGAAAUACAAAUAUGCUAUUCAAAGGCCACAUACCCUGGAUUAGUACUUAAUCGAAUAAUGCAACUUAAUCGAACUGUAUGCUUGGACUUCCCAGAGGCAAAUGUGCCCUGGUUUCAGCAGAACUAUGUCGAGGCCCAGCUUAGCAAAAAAUCAUUUAAAUUCAGUGAUUUUGGCACGGACAUUAGGCUAUAUUUACAGGGUCUGCUUAAAGAUGAUAAAUAUUUUCGAUGCAACCAUACAACACCUUAUGGGUAUCAUAUCGACUUUGUGAUACACUUCGAUAAGGAUAAGAAACCCAUUCCUGCAUCACCCAUAGAAGCCACAAUGUUAGAUCGAAUAACUAAGGUUGCCAUUUUAUUACUUAAACUAGAUUCGUUCUGUGAAAACGAUUUGUCAGCGUUGCGCGGUCCCGAUUCGUUAAAGAUGAAACAUUUGGAAAUGAUGGGCUACAAGGUGCUGCAAAUUAACGAGCAUGACUGGAAUUCCAAACACAGAAUGGCACCAGAUGCCAAGGCCAACUAUUUAAAGUGUCUCCUUCAAAUUUCAUAGCAAAAUAUUCUUUUUAUAUUUAUUUAUUGAAAAUAUAAUUCAGUUUUAA